GAAAGAUACGGAAAUGGGAGGCAUGAUAGAGAAGAUGAAGUUUCCUGUGAUGGAUCAAGUGCCACCCAUUGAAGCAAUGGUCCACACAGGUUCCCACCACAUGCUAAUUGCUUACUGUGGUGACACGCGCCUGUGGCUCUUCGAAGAUCACCAGCAAGCAUUUAUAUUUCUGGGCACAGUGCCCUGUCGUUUCUCCGUCAGCUGCCUCUGCUAUGACUCAGAAGCUGAGAUACUGCUCUCUGGUACCUUGGGGGCCGUGGUUACCUGGCUCAUCUUACCAAACAGCAGGAGCCUCCAGAUGGCACAAACAGUGCUGCUGUCUGACCAUGAGUUUGUACAGGGCUUUUCCCUGAAUGGUCCCCAGGGCUCCCUCCUGGCUCUUUGUGAGGAUAAGGUGAGGGUCUUCACUCACCAGGGUCAGGGCCAGCUGAAAGAGAGGAAAAAGUUCACUCCCACAGCCAAUGGCUCUUUCAUCACUUGCUCCUUCACUUGUGUCUCUCAGGGCUAUUUCUAUGCUGGAAACAAGGACGGAGAGAUCCAUGCCUGGAGCCUAGACCAGGGUAAUUUCCUCCACAGCUUCCAAGCCCACUCCUCAUCAGUGAUAUGUGUUUACAGCCGGCCAGAGACCUACACCUUACUCACAGCAGGCCGAGAAGGCAUUGUAAAGGAAUGGAAUCUUGCCUUUGGAAACUUGCUGCGGCAGCUGAAUAUUGAUAAGGAUUUGCAGCAACUGCAGUUCAUUGAUGACACCACCUUUUUCUGCCAGACUACCCAUACUUUCUCAUUGCACCACCUGCCCUAUUUUUAUAGCCUCUUCAAUGUAUGUGGCUCCGCUCCUGAGCAGGUGCAGCGGGUCUGCUGUGGCCAUAACUGGACUCGGAUCCUUUGUGCCACUAAGGAUGGUUUGUUGCGCUUCUUGUCUCCAGUAACAGGAGAUCUCCUGGUUAUCACCUGGCCUCUCCUUGUCAUGGACAGGGCUGUGGCUUGGGCCUAUGACACAGACAAAGAAGAGCUCUUUGUGGCAACAGGUGGUUCAGAGGUGCUGGUGUUUGAUGCAACUCGCUCUCCUUGCACAGCCAAGUAUCUGGUAUGCACUUCGGUAAACUAUGGUGAUAGAGUAAGGUGCCUGGCCUAUGGACAGUCCCAUUUGGGUAUGGGCCUAGCAGGACUGAUGUUCUGUGGGCAUGACAGUGGCAUUGUGAGAAUCCUCUCCCACUAUAGCUGUGCCCGAACAGAAAAGACUGUUCACUCUGGGGCAGUUUUGGCACUGUCUACCUUGGAAGGUCGCCAGGAAAUCUCCUUACUCUGUUCCUAUGGCAUGGAUGAUACUAUAUACCUGACAGAAGCUGUGCUUCAGAAGAACAAGGUAAUUCUGCAGCCCAUAAACAAAAUUCUCUGUGCUUGCCCCCUAACACACGUGAUCCUCUUGCCAGGUUCUGUGGGUGCCAUCACUGAGAACUGCUGCUGGCAUCUCUGGUACUACCAAGAUUUUCCCAAAUCUUCAGAAGCAAAACAAGGGUCUGUGGGAGACAAAGGGACAAAAUGCCUGCACCAGUGUGACAUCACUUCAUUUGAUGUCUGCUCUUCCCUGAAACUUUUUGUCACAGGGGGCAUUGAUGGCUCAGUCCGGAUCUGGGAUUUCCACGGUAGACUCCUAACUGAGUUGGAUUCAGCAUUGCAUUUUGGCCCACUCUGCUUUGCCAAUAAUCGGGGUGACCUGCUUUUGACCUUCAACCAGAGUCUUUAUCUGGUAUCCUGCUUAAAAUUGCUUCCUCCUGCUCAGUUGAUACACCUAGCUAUCCUAAGCAAUGUAGAUGAUAUACAAGAAGUCCCGAAACCCUUCCUGCCUAGCUUCUUCUUUUCUUUUGAAAACAUAUUUGUACCUAGAUUUGUUGUCUACCUUGGACAAGGGCUGAAGAAAUUACAGGGGCUAGAGGUACUUGUUAAUAAACGGGUUAUUGCCUUUGACAAUACUGUGCCCCAUGUUGUAGAGGAAGAGAGACAUAUGUCCGCUGUGAUUCAAAUGGGACCCAAAUCACACUUUUUGGAGGACAAGGAUGUUACUUUUGACCCCAAGCAAAAUCGUCCCCGACACAUUGUUCCUGCUCAGUUACAGCUUGCUGGCUGGGAUGGAUUGAACCCCUACCAUAUAUUAUGUCGCUUCUUUGGUAAAGGGCAGCAAUGGCCCUUUGCUCCUGAUGGCUACAUCCCCAAUUCAGUUAUCCGGGCCCGCCUUUGGCCUGAAGGUACCCCAAUCUUUUUACGCUAUGAUCUGUACCGAGAUACAAACUGGGACAUGACCAAACUCAUCAGACACCAGACACUGUCACCUAUGCCUCUACCAGAAGAGAACAUCUCAAUGAAAAGAGAGAGGGAUAAAUCCAAGAAAUGGAAAAGAAAUUUCUGUGAUGUUCUAGAAAGCCUGAAAAACCAAAAUUGGACAGAAAGAAAAUUCGAUGAAGGAAUUAUAAAUAGCUUAAUUGAGACCAUCCUCAGCCUCACAAUUUACUGUUCUGUAGACCAAUAUAAGACAUACAUUAGUGUCCUGGCACAAAUUUUUGCCACAUAUCAAGUAUCUCCAAGAUAUUGCUCUGAGGCUUCCUGUCGCCUGAUGGAAGAUACAGUUCAUCCCAAUCCAUGCAUCCGUGAGCUAGCCUGGGAGGGGCUGGAGAGGCUAGGUGUCCUAAGCCAUCUCUUUGCCAUUCCACUGGCUAUGGGAUUGGUGGACAGUGAUGAAAGGGUGCGAGCUAAGGCCUUAUAUCUUCUAAUAAGAGUCACAGGCAUCCAAACUAAGACUAUGCUGGUAAGCCUGCUGAAGAAACAAGAUACUUUAGAAGAAAUGCAGUAAGUUGGUAGUGGCUUUCACCCUUUUGUUUCUUCUAGUUCCUAACCUUUUUUUCUUACUUUCUUUUUAUACAAAUUAUCCUCUUUCUUCACAAUUCUCUUUUUAUUCUUUUCCUCCCACUAUGUUCUUUGUUUCUGUUUGCUCCCCACCCCCU